UCUCUCUCUCCCCAGUAACACACACUCCCUCCCUCACACCAUCACUGGCCAUCAGCAGCAGCGUCUGACGGCUGCAUCCCUUUGCUGUAGCAACGCGGCUCCCUCCAUCCUCCUCCUGCGUCGUCUGCAUCUGACAUCCCGACCGCAGGAGCCUUUUGUGUCUCCACGGGGGCCAUUGUUGUUCCUCCCUUUUUUAGAGAAAGAAGAACACCAUGGACAUGAUGGGUAACAGAGAGCGACGAGGCGUGAAUUUCAAAGGCUUGCUGAGGAGGAAUUGGCUCCUGAUUGCCACGGUUUUAUCAGUGCUGCUCGGGAUCAGUUUGGGCGUCGUGGUCAGAGAGUAUGCGUCCCUCUCCCACCUCCACAAGCAGUAUUUUGGCUUCCCAGGAGAGAUCCUCAUGCGAAUGCUGAAGCUUGUCAUCCUCCCGCUCAUCAUUUCAAGCAUGAUAACAGGUGUCGCAGCGCUGGACUCUGAGGUCUCAGGAAAGAUAGGCCUGCGAGCUGUUAUUUACUACUUCUCAACAACCAUCAUUGCAGUUAUACUUGGCAUUAUUCUGGUAAUGACCAUCAAACCGGGAGUCUCUCAGACGGCUGAGCACAUUGACAGAGCCGGAACCACGCCCAACGUCACAACAGUUGACACACUCUUGGACCUCCUCAGAAACAUGUUUCCAGAAAAUCUGGUGCAGGCUUGUUUUCAGCAGUACAAGACCAAGCGCAAAGAGCUGGAGCCUCCAAAAGUUUCGGAAGACACUACUACAAUUCCACCUUUGACAACUACCGUCAUGGAGGUGCUACAGAAUAUAACCAAGGACUAUAAAAUCAUCGGGACAUAUUCGGAUGGAAUCAACGUAUUGGGGCUUAUCGUGUUCUGUGUUGCUUUUGGCCUCGUCAUCGGGAAGAUGGGCGAAAAGGGCCGUAUCCUCCUGGAAUUUUUUGAUGCCCUGAAUGAAGCAACCAUGAGACUAGUCCAGAUCAUUAUGUGCUACAUGCCAGUAGGGAUCCUGUUCCUUAUUGCUGCUAAGAUCAUCGAGGUGGAAGACUGGGAGAUCUUCAAGAAGAUGGGUCUUUAUAUGGUGACGGUGCUGAGUGGUCUAGCUAUCCAUGCCACCAUCUGCCUGCCACUCAUCUUCUUUGUUAUUGUGAGGAAGAACCCAUACACAUUCACACUGGGAAUGGCUCAGGCCCUGGUGACAGCACUCAUGAUCUCCUCCAGUUCUGCCACCCUGCCUGUCACCUUCCGAUGUGCCGAGGAGAACAAUCGCAUCGACAAACGGAUCACCCGCUUUGUCCUCCCAGUGGGUGCCACCAUUAACAUGGACGGCACAGCGCUCUAUGAGGCGGUGGCCGCUAUCUUCAUAGCGCAGCUGAAUGACUAUGCUCUGGAUGUGGGCCAGAUUGUUACUAUCAGUAUAACUGCAACAGUUGCCAGUAUUGGAGCAGCAGGAGUCCCUAAUGCUGGGCUUGUCACCAUGGUAAUAGUCUUAACAGCUGUUGGACUACCUGCAAGUGAUGUCACUCUGAUUGUGGCUGUGGAUUGGCUGCUGGACCGGUUCCGUACUAUGAUCAACGUUCUUGGCGAUGCUUACGGAGCCGGAAUCGUCCAGAAACUCUCCAAGAGGGAACUGGAGAGGAUGGAUCUGACAUCAGAUGUGGACGUCGCCAACCCCUUUGCCCUGGAAGCCACUUUGGAUGACGAAGAGUGCGAGAAGAAAUCCUACGUCAAUGGAGGCUUCACUGUCGACAAGACAGAUGCGAUCUCCUUUACUGAAACCUCCCAGUUUUAGCCUCUGGCUGGCUCAGAGGAGCAGAGAAAGUGCCACGCUGCUAUGGAUGUCAAAUGGAAAACCUUCCAUCAUGUAUCAGCACCAUGACGAGAGAGGAAAACUAUCCAGCCAGACCCAUCCAAGCUCAGACAUCAGCAAUAGCAGCCUCCAUUAAGCUUAUCCAAGAUGAUCACCCUUCAUGUCGGACAUUUACAGCCACGACUAGAUUAAAGUGCUUCCUUCUUACACUCAAAUUGUGCCAAGAUUAAGAAAAGUCUGUUUUCUUUUGAAUAAGAGUGUGUUCUUUCAAAGAAGCAAAGAUGCAUUCAAAAGAAGAGCUGUUUGUGUGUAUGUGUGAGGACAUUCGUUUUGGAUGUAUUUGAGGUGUGUGUAUGUAUUUUGCAAAAAAGAAAAUAUCAAUUGAACACAAGCAAAAACAAAACCAUAAUCUAAAUGUGAAACUUCAACAACCCUACUUUAUUUACUCCUGGGUUAGACAGUAACUCUCUAAAUGUGUGAAUGUUUUUUUUUUUGUGUGUGGCUGUUGUAACUUCUAUGUCCCAUAAUGCACUGCUUGUAUAUCUAUCUGUAUAUUUAAACUGUGCCAAACAUAUGAAGAGGUUUUUCACCGAGUUGCAUGAAGCAAUAUGUUAAACAAAUGCUAACCGCGGGCUGCAGACUGAUUUUCUAAUGGACACUUCACAAAGACUGGAGAUGGUUAACAUGAAGUCAUUGAACACUGUGAAAUUUGAGGACAUUUUUUCAGAACCAAAUCACUAACUCGUAUUGAUUUAUUGCAAAGUAUAAUGAUCAUAAAUAGUGUCGUGUUUAGGAAGCAAGGGGGGAUGACAGUACAUUAGAUUAUCAAACUAUUUGAAUUGUCACUUAAUGAAUGUAUGUGUCAAUGAUAAUAAUUAUAAUUUCCCUACUCUAUUUUCACUGUGGUGUAGAGGUAAAAUAUGUUCAAAUGCUCUUAAACCAAUGCCGUGUGGUAAGCUUUCAUCUAGUAAACAACAUUUUGCAUGUUGUAGGAAUUUUUGUUUAAAGAAGACACGAAAACCCUUGGGCACAUUUGUCAGUAAGGAUUAGUUUGACAUUUUGGGAAAUACACUUUCUGCUUUCUUGUAGAGAGUGAGAUGAAAAGGUCCACAUCAAUCUCAUGUCUGUGCGUUAAGUAUGGAGCUAAAGCCAGGAAGAGGUUAGCUUGGGUUGUAAAGACUGGAACUGAAGUGAUGUUCAAUUGUGGUUUUUUAGAUUUCUGUUUAUAGUCUAUUAUAGUUAUUCUUAAUGCCUGCCACCGGUUCGGAUUCCCCUUUGAUAUCAAUUAAACGAGGAGGUGGAAACACAACUGUUUUUGUCCACAGGGGCCGCCAGCUUUAAGUACUUACUGCACAGACAUGGGAAAGGUAUCGAUUUACCAAAACGUUGAGUUACUUCUUUGAUACAAGCCGCAAAAAAGUAGGUUCAAAUGCAGCAGUAAAGAAACAAGCUAACAGUUAGCUACAACAGCUUUGUCUUUGGUAGUUUCCGAGGCAACCUUUACAUUAAAACCCAACGUUGACCAGGAUUAGAAAGUUCAGAGCAGCAGUGUUAUUUAUAACAACCCUUAAAAAUGAGCCAAUCCUUGACAAUGUGUGUUUAUAGCCAUUGCUUAUAGGGCUGCAAACCUUACAACCUGGGCAGUUAACCCUAACAAUUACAGAACUUUAUAGUAAAUUUUACAUAGUUACUUAGCUGCAUCAGGUUUUAUGUCAUGCUCAUGAAUUUGAACAACUUAAAGUAAGUCAUCAGUACAUGAGGUAAUCUGCCUGCCAUCACAGAUGUAGCCAUUCAGCAUACAUGUGCCAUAUUUCUGUUUCAUUUGCAACUUGCUAGUUAGCAUGAGUAAACAUUUUGAGAGUCUGAGAUUUUCUUCUGUGGAGGGAGUGGAGAUAAAAGACCUAACUUGUGUGUUAUUAUAUCCAAACGUUAGUUCAAAACUUUUGUUAGCUAGUUCGCAACAAUAUUGCAAUAUUUAAAAUAUAUUUUAAAAAAAGGGUUGGGAACUGCUCCCACAGGGAUUGAAGAACUAUGAGAGAAACUAACAGUGAAAUAGCAAAACUAUAACUAUUUCAAGGUACUACACACCGAUCUGUUUUUUUGUUCUUUUUGAUGCUAAAAUGUGCUUUUGCUACUUCCAACCUAGAUGCCUUGUUAGCUUCUCACUAGCUAAAUGUGAUGCAGAGGAGACCUGCAAGUCAAAGUGUCAACCAUGAUUGACAUUUGUUUCCAAUUCUGCAAACACAUCAUAGCCACAAACAAGGCUGUAAGUCUAAACUUGGGAGAACAAUUGUGUGUGUAGUAAAACAUCAUUUGAUCAAUUGGUGGAUAGAAAGAUAACUGAUUAAUAUUUGAUUUGUAGAUUUAUCAAGGAAAAAACUUUGCUGGUUCCAACUUCCAAAAUUGAGGAUUUGCUGCUUUUGUCAGCUUUAUAUCAUCAAAAAUGUUAUCUCUCUGGGCUUUGUGCUAAAACAUUUAGUAUUUAAUGGCUAUUGAAUUGUGAUGACAUAAUUUUGGAUAUUACAUAGACCAAAAGAUUAAUACAAAAUUGACAAAAAAUAAUUAUUAGUUACCAAUGUAAUUAUGGUAUAUGUUAAGCUGACAUUUAGGCAGUGGAUGGUGAAAGAGGAAAGAUCCAAAAUAAGGGAGCAGCAAUGUCCUUUUAUUUAAAUACUCUUGUUCCGUCCAGGCAGAGAGACCAACAAACAUGCCUCGCCUUCCUUAAAACGUCAACGAAGGUUAAUGCUUUGACGCAAAUGCCACAAAUGAUAUGAAUGCUUGUACUUAUGUCAGACCCCUGGCUGCACUGUUGCUUGUGAUGCUCACAGCUUGUGAUGCUUGUGGUCUUAUGCUUUUUUAUAAAAUGUAUGUCCAUGUCUGUAACUGAGAGCUGGGUUUGACUCCAUGCAGCAGCUGCAUACUAUGAUGCACAUGCACAUACAGUACUAAACCCUGGAAUAGGCAGUGUGGAGUUGUUUAAAUGGUGAAGUCAACUUGAAAAAGACGUGACAUGGGAGCUGAGGUUUAUCUUUGGUACUAUUUAUGCUAUUCAUAUGUUUGAAUGUAUGCAGCAAGUGUUCCCAGUGCUGGUGCUAUAAUGAUAAUCCCAGCAUGAUAAUCAAUAUCAUUUAUCAAAAGCGGUCCUCUUUGCUUACUUUCCACCAUCGCUAGAGUCUGAGCCAAAUACCUUUCCAAUCUCCUGGCAGAAAAUACAAUAAUCCAUUGCAACUCAAUGACAUUGACAUGUUAUCUAUCACAUGCUAAGGGAUUUACAUUCAUUAAAAAACAACUACAAGCUUUACACUACUUUUUUUUCUCAGAUUGUGGUAGAAAUUAAACUGCCAGAGUAGCUUACAGCACAAUAUCGUACUGUACAAUGUGUUCCAUUUGAAGCUGCAAAUUCCCCGCUAGUUAAGACAAGCUAAUUUGGAAAAAAAUCAAGUAAAUAUUUUCUUUUGUUUGCUUCUAAAAGACUUAACAAUGCUAGUAGCUAGCAUUAAAAAUUAGCCACUGUAAACGCUGCUCUUAAAAAUUCCUUGCAUGGUAAUUAAGCUGAUUUCAGUGGUCCAGCUUGAAACUAUCACAGAAGAGAUUUUCUUUGCUUGAUCUAAAAUACUGUUCUUAAGCAACAGCUAAUGUGUCAGUACUUUGCAAUGUUAGCUACCUAGCAUAGAAAAAAACAGCAAGUGCAAAUGCUACUUUAUCUUGCAGCUUGAUCCUUAACCAAGUAUGAUUUUGAUAGAGGUUAUGAAGUGUUGAAAAUUCAAACUUUGUCUAUUUUCAGAAUAACAAAAAUGUUCAAUAAAGUAAUGGUGUUUACAGAGUGCUGACAGGUUUAGUGAGAUUCCACAUGACUAUAUCCUUGGGGAUAACAUAUCUUGCCUAAGUUCCUUAUCUUGGGCUUUCGUGUUAAAAGGUCAUUCCUUUACUCUUCCCAAGAAGUCAAAAUGUUCAAAUCCAUUGUAGUCCAAGUCUCAGUGUCUCCAUAUUAGUCGUCCCUACACUGCCAAAAGGGCCACUAGUUUGUAAUUCUAUACUGAGAUAAGCCCUCGUAAAUCAGGUUGUAUUCUACAUUUCAGAAGCACACUGGCAUCAACCAACCCCUUCUCUGUACAGACAACUACUUGAGUACCUAUAGUAUGUGAAUCAACAUGUACUAAAUUGUGUGUAACUGCAAGCAAAUAAAAGAAAGUUGCUCAUU